ACUCUGCUCAGAACAUUUUGUUAUUGGAUUUUCAUACUUUCUCUUCUUCACCAACGCUGAUGCCAAUUUUUCUUUCUUCUUCUCUUCAAUUUUGUUCACAGGUUUGAGAUCUGUAGCCGGUUAACCGUUGAUUUGAAAAGGCCUAGUUUCAAAGAUGAGUAAGCUUCAGAGUGAUGCUCUAAGAGAAGCUAUCUCCGGAAUCAUGGCUGAUUCCAAGGAGAAGAAUCGUAAAUUUGUUGAGACCAUUGAACUCCAAAUUGGGCUGAAAAACUAUGAUCCACAGAAGGACAAGCGUUUCAGUGGCUCUGUCAAGUUGCCCCACAUCCCUCGCCCCAAGAUGAAAAUUUGCAUGCUUGGUGAUGCCCAACAUGUUGAAGAGGCAGAAAAGAUAGGAUUGGACUACAUGGAUGUUGAAGCUUUGAAAAAGCUCAACAAAAAUAAGAAGCUAGUAAAAAAGCUAGCUAAGAAAUACCAUGCCUUUUUAGCUUCUGAAGCAGUCAUUAAGCAGAUUCCUCGCCUUCUGGGUCCUGGUCUCAACAAGGCAGGGAAGUUCCCUACACUUGUUACUCACCAAGAAUCUCUCGAGUCAAAGGUUAAUGAGACUAAAGCCAUGGUCAAAUUUCAGCUUAAGAAGGUGCUCUGCAUGGGAGUAGCUGUGGGCAAUGUUAGUAUGGAGGAAAAGCAAAUCUUCCAAAAUGUGCAGCUGAGUGUUAACUUCCUUGUAUCCUUGUUAAAGAAGAAUUGGCAGAACGUUAGAUGCUUGUACCUGAAGAGUACCAUGGGGAAAUCGUACCGCGUCUUUUAAGAGGCUGCUUUUUGAAUUUCUCAUUGCACUUAAUAUAUUUUGAUUAUUUUAAUAGCUGGACAGUUGAUUUGAGCUUUCUUCAGUUUUGUUGGAUGAGUUUUUUAUUGUUAGUAUUUCAUGUUCUUGACUUAAUUAAGUGCUCAGCAACGUUGGAUAAUGCUAUGGGAGCUAAUUCUAAGCUUCUCGUGUCAUACAAUUCGUUGUUACCUGCUCCUUUGAUGCAUUUAUUCUAUGACUUGAUACUUAUACGGGGA